AUGUUGUACUCAACUCCCGAGUCAUUGGAGCGAGGCGCUCACGUGCACUGUGAAACUUUGUGGGCCCCAUUGAGGCCACGGCUACGGUUGUGGGCCGAUUUUGCAAACAAUAACAUGGACUCUUCCAAAUUGGUGCAAUACGGGACCACAUUACAGAGUACCGUCUCGGGAUUCGGUCUCACAUUGAAGCAUUACGCGGAUCUCGCUGCUGCGUCGGUGGUUAUCACAAUCGCCUCAGCAGUGCAGAACUGUGUGCUUCCUCUCGGUGAACGGCUCGAGUUUCCCCGUUCCGCAUCGGAGCUCCUGUCUCAACCGCGAAGAACAAAGGCUGAUCCAAGGCGCGGGUCAGGAUCGCUGCACGAGUUUGCGAGCUGCUCUCCAUUCCGCGGAUCUCACCUCGACCACGCCUACGUGCACACGCUUCGCCUAAACUCAGCGCCCCCGUGUGCUGCCUUGUGUGUCGCAGUGCUGCUCUCCAUUCCGCGGAUCUCACCUCAACCACGCCUACGUGCACACGCUUCGCCUAAACUCAUCGCCCCCGUGUGCUGCCUUGUGUGUCGCAGUUUCCGGCAUCAACGGAUUGUCUCAACAUGGACAACAGGGCUAAGCACAGAUGUUGAUGGUGACCGCCCUUUCAAGUGCCCUGGUUGCCCAAAACGGCUUAGCACCUACGGAGCACUUGUCAGCCACGAGCGGAAGCACCGCAACACCUCGGCAGACGAUGCGCUGUUUGUGCCCACCACUCGGACUUUUAGUACUGGUCGGGGGGUUCUUGUGGAGGAGCACGUACCCUUAGUUCGAGUAGAUUCUCCUUUGCUGCCACCGUUGGAAGGGGAGGAUGUGGUAGAGGAUAGCGAUGAGGAGAGUGGGGGCUAA